UUCAUCCGAACGUGGGACGGUCCUUGCUUGGAGCUCGUUUUUACAUCUACACCACAUCGUCGUCGCUUUAAGAAGGUUAACUUCUUGCACCAUUUCACGUCGUCGUCGACCUAUGGUGACGGGAAGGCCACUUUGAAUGCAGAGUGUGCUCAUUGAUACGUCCGCUUCGAGUGAUACCACCUUCAUCGAACGUUGGAGGCUGCGGGAGCUGUCGACUGUGAGGAGCCGGAACCAGAUUGGCAACGGUGAGCUUUCCCGCAAUGCCGGAUACCACAUACCUGCUGUGUGGCUUCGCUAGCGGCCUCGACUGGCGACCCAUCGGCUUCAAGCAGCGUCUGCAGACCACACGGGUGUGCCGUCUUUGCGGUGUCGUGCCUCAGAGCAUAGCCGUGCUACCUUGCACUCACUUCCUUUGCGACUCGUGCCUGAAUGGAUGCGCCGAUGAAGAAGGUCUCCACGCCUGUCCCCUUGACAAGACUUCGUUCGAUGCCGAGUCGGACGUCUCGUGGAUAACGUUCAAUCGGAAGCAAGUGGAAAGACUCCUGGUAAGCUGCUGGAACGCCAAGUACGGCUGCGACUUCACGGGCCCAGCCGGAGAGCUGCUGGAACAUUUCGAGAAGCACUGCUCCUUCCACGCCAUCGCCUGCUCCCGGUGUCGGGACACAGUGCUGCGUAAAGACUUGCUGAGGCACUGCGAAGCCGGAUGCAACGGUGUUGCAUCGCUGCAGCCGACCACGGCAGGGCACGUCUCCGCCGCCAACGCGGGCGCACCGACAACGACGGCGUACUCCAGAGGGCGCGACUUGGUGGCCGACUGCUCGUGCCACGACAUGCUGAGCUCCAUCCAGGGUCGAGUCAAUGACCUCGCCGAGGCUCUGGAUAAGCUCGGCUCCAAACGAGUUUCCGAGCAAACGACUUGCGACAGUGCAAGCACAAGUCGUGGCGUAAGUGGGUUUGAGGCAACGGCCUCCGUGCAGGAGACGACGCCUGGAACCACGAGUCUCGGAGCUCUCGUGUCAGCGCUGAACGAAAUGAAGCUUGUCGUCACUGAGGGAUUCCGGAAAAUUGAACGGAGAGCGAGGAGCGAGAACCUUCCGGGUUGCAGUUCGUCCUCGAUGCAGCAGUCACGACCUCAGGCGGCUGUUGCUAGCCGCCCAUCAAGGAGUGCACCAGUGUAUCCACCAUCCGCACUUCCCCUAGAACUGCCGCGCAGUUCUGGAGGACCCGGAUACUUGACGACAAGCGAAGGAACUGAAGAACUGUUCGUGUUCAGCGUGCAGUACAAACCGUGGCUUACGGCGGAGAAGAGCCAGGGGCUCAAGGUCGUCUGGCAUCCGAUUUACAUCGGCCGCGAGGAAACUGGCGUUUGCAUAAGGUGCGUGGUGCAGCGGAACGCCAGCUUUGUCGCGGUGUACGCCAUGUGCACGAUGCCCGCCAGGUGGAAGCUGCCCGAGGUGCGUCCGCUGCGAGCCGAAGACUUGAGCUCGCCCAACUUGCGGGAGUGGAUCGUGGAGAAGGCGAAGGAGCCGAGUCGCGAUUACCUGCCGGUGUCGGCGUACGCCCCGGACCUUCGGUUGCGGUGCAUGCUGGAUGCCACCUCCCUGGCGCCCAAGAACAUCGUGGAGGGAGAAAUUCAAGUGGACUUUCUGGUGAAACUGGAACGGCAUUUUCCAGUGACGUGAAGUGCCGAGAGUAAAACGCUGAGUCGUUCUCAAAUAAAAAAAUGUUUGGCUAUAAUUAGAGGUAACUUAAGAACGACAAAAACGUUGAACAAU